CUAGAAGCUAUGGACAUCCUCUUUAGAAUAAGAGGAGGCUUGGAUCUUGCAUUUCAGCUAGCAACUACUGAUGAGGCAUCAACAAAAAAGGCACUAGGAUAUGUUUUCAGUGAUCUUGCAAACAAACUGUCCUCAGAUGUUCUUGUAUUAAGAAUUUGCCACAGUUCAGUCUAUGUGUGGCCUAACAAUGGUAUGAGCAGUGUUCCAGAGCUGACCGAUGAUUCUGCUUGUAAGGAGAUAAAACGAUUUAUACAAUUUGAUCAAGAUGAUGAGACCAAACGAAAGCUUGGCAAAAAAAAGGAUAAGAAGUUACAAGAUACGCAGCAGAUAGUCAAUAUUGACCUCAUGUUGGAAAUGACAUCUUCAGUUGCUGCUUUGUCUCCAGUCAUUGAAAGGGAAAAUAAGGAGCACCACUAUAUUAAUAUGACAUUACCAGUUGAUGUUGUUAUAGCUGUUUCUCCUGAAGAAACGUGGGGAAAGGUACAGAAUCUCCUAGUGAAAGCAAUUCACAGGCAGUUAACUGACAUGGAAAGAUGUAUCAUGAAAUAUAUGAAGGGAACAUCAAUUGUUGUACCAGAACAAUUUCACUUCAUGUUACCAGGAAAAAAUCACCUUGUAACGAUCUCAUAUCCUACAGGUAUUUCAGAUGAUCAACUGGAAAGUUACAGAAAGGAAUUACAUGGGUUAUUAAAUCUGCCCUGUGACAGACCAUAUUUCAAGAGAGCAAAUGCUUAUCAUUUUCCAGAUGAACCAUAUAAAGAUGGAUAUCUGAGGAAUCCACAUUUACAUCUUAAUUCACCUGCUACAGAGUCUGGUAUGGUUUAUUUAGUACAUGGUAUAUACAGUUAUCACCACUAUAUGCAGGAUCGGAUCGAUGACAAUGGUUGGGGCUGUGCCUAUCGGUCUUUGCAGACAAUCUGUUCUUGGUUCAAGCACCAAGGUUACAUUGAUACACCUGUACCGACACACAAGGAAAUUCAACAGGCACUGGUUGAUGCCGGAGACAAGCCUGCAGCCUUUGUUGGGUCACGGCAGUGGAUUGGCUCAAUUGAGGUACAGCUUGUUUUGAAUCAGCUUUUUGGAAUAACAUCAAAAAUAUUAUUUGUCAGCCAGGGUUCUGAACUAGCGUUGCAGGGAAGAGAGCUUGCUAAUCAUUUCAAGACGGAAGGGACUCCAGUUAUGAUUGGUGGAGGUGUUUUGGCUCACACGAUACUGGGAGUGGCUUGGAAUGAGUUUACAGGACACAUAAAAUAUUUGAUUCUGGACCCACAUUACACUGGAGGAGAAGACUUGCAUGUUAUUUUGGAAAAGGGCUGGUGUGGAUGGAAGGGCCCAGAGUUUUGGAACAAGGAUGCCUAUUAUAAUCUGUGCCUACCUCAACGACCACAAACUAUUUAAAUUGCACUCUUAUGCUGGAACAUGCUAAACCAGACUACUACCUGAUCUAGAUAGAACUGUCUUGUUAUUUAUCAGAAUAAUGCUUUAAGUCAGUCAAAAC